AGGUCACACUGAUACUAUUUGCUUUCGAAACUACACGUCAAAAUGUUGCCAAUCGCGCGUUCAAAUACUAGUAAACAUUUUCUGUCAAAUUGUCAUUUUGUUUAAAUUAUAUCUAAUUAAGUGCACUUUAUUGAGAUAAGUAAUAUGCAUUUUUAAUAACUUAUGUAUAUGUGUAUUUAUAAAAAGUGACACAUUACACAUGCAUUUCAGUGACUAUAAAAAUAGAAAUAUGAUCGGUGGAAUAAAAGCGGCGCAAAAACUAUUGUUCGUUUAUUCCUCAUUCACUUGCAUUUACUUUCCAGGAAUAUUAACUUUAUUACAAAUAAAUGGCAGCUUAUAUAAUGUUGGCUCGUACAAUUUUAUUCCAACAUUAUUGAUAUUGAUGUUUGCGGAGGUGAUCAAAGUAAUGUUCUCGUUGUUACAAACAGAACCGGUACUAAUCACCAAAAUAGAAACUAAGACUUCGAAAGCUAAAAAAUCUUGGACCAAAUAUAUCAAGGAAGGUUUUAAGUUUGUUAUCAUAAGUAUUAUAUUGUCUAUCAUUUAUUAUUUUAUCAUUGUUAUAUUUGGUGCACCAGUUUUUAGUCAACACGAGGAAACAACCAUGCUUACUAUAAUAUUAACGUGUUUAACAUUUGUUCCGGCUAGUUUACAUUUAGGAGUAGAUACAGCGGUCAACAUUUUAACAGGAACAGAAACAGUAAAGCAUAAUGAACUUAUCGAUGCUGCCAAAAUAGUAGUGAAAACUACUCUUUUGGGUACAUGGUUAGGUGCUAUUGUAAUUCCAUUAGAUUGGGAUAGACCGUGGCAAGUAUGGCCUAUCCCUUGUGUAACAGGUGCUCUUCUCGGUUACACGAUUGCACAUUUUAUCAUACUUUUUAAGACUCUGCGUACAUUGAAAGAAAGUAAACAAUUUUAGGUAAUUUAGUAUCUCCAUCGACUUUAAAAGAAAUCUCUGCAUGUUAAACUCUAAACAUUAAGUACAUUUACAUUUGUUAUGUGACAGGCGUAAACGUACUUAUAUGUAAAUAUUACUAUAAGUUGCAUUUAUAUUAAUUAUGUGAAUUAUCAUAUAUAAUCCUGCAAUUACUUUUGUAAUAUAAUCAUUUAAUAUAAUCAAUCAUCUAACAAGAUCCUUCAUGUAUUUGAUUAUUUUACUAUACAUGUUAAAACAUGUACAUAUAUAUAAUAAUCAUUACACAAAGAACAGGAAAAUAGGGUGAAUGAAGAAAACCACGCUAUAGCAUUAUGUUUAACUGAUUUUUAUUGGUGAAAAAGCUUCCGUUAACCGACUGAUUACAUUCACUUUAUACAACAAAUAUGUAAUACCGUAACGUUAAUUACGGUUUUGACGGGUGUUAAGUGUUCGGCACGUAUCAAUGAAUAUCAUAGAUAUUACACGAUUUAAACGUGUGAGUAAAGAACGAAAUGUAUUUUCCUUCUUAUGGGGUGUAUAUGUAAGUAUGUAUGAUCAUUGUGUGUGUCUGUUUAUAUAUAUAUGUAAGUAUGUAUGUGUGUAUCCAUCUUGUCAGUCGCGCGUGUAUGGGUGGGUGCUUACAUACGUGCAUGCACGAGAAGAAAUAUUCUUACCAAAAAACGAAAUAAUGCUAUGAGAAAGACGAUUUACCGAUCGUCCAACUUGGAUAUUAUUAUUAUUAUUAUUAUUAUUAUUAAUAUUAUUAUUAUUAUUAUUAUUAUUAUUAUUAUUAUUAUUAUAAUUAUUAUUUUUUUUUCUCUUUGACUAUCGUCUACGAUAAAACUACCAUCGUCUUUUCAUUGUUGUAUAAUUAAUGAAUUAAUUAAUUAAAGUUUAAGUCGGAUCGAUCGGGACAAUCCACGUAAGAACGAACGGACCAUAAUAAGAAAAGCGAGGGUUUUUUUUUUAAUUAACGCGCAUUUACGCGAGCGUGUGCAGACGAUUACAUUAGAGAUCUAUGUAUGUAUUUAUGUAUUUUAUGUAUGUAUGUAAAGUAUGUAUGUAUUUACACACGGCUACUAAAUAUAUCCGACAACAGGAUUCGCAAAA